AUUACUGUAAUGUAAAUGAAGCUCCUGGUAGUAUUAUAUUUGUACCAGACUUUUGGUCUGGCUGUCAACAACAUCACUUUCUCCCUCAUCAACACAUUCACAGAGAAAACUAGUGCAACAUCAACAGUUUUCUUCUCUUGCUGGAGUCCUACAGAUACCAUGCUUAUGGCAAAAUUCAUGGCAACAAAAGGACUGUUUAUAAACAUUUAUAAUCCUGGUGUCCAAAGGAAAACACUAAAGCAGCUCUGGACUAAAUAUCACCAUGUAACAGUUGUAAUGGAUCUUCAAUGUGAAGGCAGUUCUAUUUUACUCGCAGAUGCCUGCAGAAACAACUAUCUAAGGGGCCUGCAUCAUUGGUUGCUACUGUCAUUAUCUGAUGUAAGUGAAGAUUCAUUGAUUGCUACCCUGGAACCACUGAAUGUGUCUGUAGAUAGUCAUGUGACUGUGGCACAUCAGAGACCUAACAUAAAUGAGAUAAUUCUGCAGGAUGUCUAUCGAAUCAAGGCAGGGCUGUCUCUCAUAUUUACACCACCUUUUAAGUGGAGUCCAAAACAACCCCUGCCACCUAUAUUUCGGAGAGAUAAUUACCGAGGCAUUACUUUCAGUGCAGCAACAGUUGUGAUUGAAGACACAUGGGACAGCUUUUUGGACUUGAGAUACAGACACUUGAACACUCUGAGCAAGUGUAAUUUUGUGCUUAUGUCAUACAUAUCUAUAAUUCUAAAUUUUACAAUGAACCUAACUGUAACAGACACAUGGGGAUAUCCUAGGAAAGAUUCCCCUUGCUAUGAUGGUAUUGUUGGUUUGAUGGAAUGUGGCGAUGUUGAAAUUGGUGCUGUUGGCCUUCUUCAGAAGGAUGCUCGCUUGGACAGAAUUGACUAUGCUGGAGAAACUAUUGAUUUUGGAGGCAAGUUUAUGUUCCUGAAGCCUUCACUCUCUGAGGUUUCUGUUAUCUACACUCUGCCAUUCAAAAGUUCAGUGUGGGUUGCAUACUUAGCAGUAAUGGGGAUCUUAACAGUGGCUAUGUAUAUCACAUAUCACAUGGAACAUCAGAUGAAUCCAUCACAACCUACACUGCAAUUCGGUGAUGCUGUAAUCAACUCACUUGCUCUUAUGUGUCAAGAAGGUAAGCUAUCCCACACAAGACUCCAAAUAUUGUUACAGGACACAAAAGACCCAGAGAUAAAGAAAUUGUUUCAAGACAAACUGUAUCAACAACCAUAUCAUCAAGCAUUUACUUCACAGGAAAAAGGUAUUGAUAAAUUACGUAAGGGACUGUAUGCUUUCUACGGUGAUGCAGGUGCAUACAAAAUUAUGAGUGACACAUAUGAAGAAAAUGAGAAAUGCAGACUAAAAGAAAUUAAAAUAAAUCCUUCAAAUGCUCUUGCAUUUCCUGUGAAGAAAGGUAGCCAGUACAAAGAACACAUCACACAAAAAGCUCAAUGGUUGAAGGAAGCAGGUCUCGUAGAUCGAGAAUACAAGCAAUGGUUUGUGCAGAGACCCAAAUGCAACUCUGAUAUUCGAGGAUUUGUAAGCGUACGCAUUGGAGACUUCUAUCCAACACUGGUUGUUCUGGCAAUUGGUAUCAUCGGUGCUAUUAUAUUAUUUAUAUUAGAGAUAUUAUAUUAUAAGUUUUGUACCCCUUUUCAUGAGGUGAAACUUUGUGGUGUGCCAUCAUGUGUCCUUCACAAAUUAGGAUGUGCUGCAGAUGGAAAAAAUUGCAGAAUAUUGAUUCAGAGGAAAAUGGAAGAAUCUGUAAGCAUCAUAGCAACUGACAAAGAGGAAGUAGGACUAACAGGAGAUACUCAAACCAGCAAGCCUAACAUACAGGAUAUGAAUGGUGAAGAUAACCAACCAGUCAAGAACACUGAUGCAGAAGAAAUUGGACGAGACAAUCCAUAUGCUUACUUGGACAGAGCAGAUUUCACUUCAGAAAAAUUUAAGAUUGAAAUUCGAGGCCUCCCAAAAUUUUAUGGGAUUGGAGAACUGAAAAGACUUUUGAAUGAAAAGUUAAAACUAGGUUCAAACAAAGUGAAGCCACCAGCAAAGGGCAGUUACUGGGUGUAUGUGUGUUUUCGUUCGGAAGAAGACCGACAGAAUGCUCUGAAAGCCUUAGAUGGUUAUAUCUGGAAAAAUAAGACAUUAACUGCAGAGAUUGCUAAACCAGCACCAGAUCCAUUAGUGAAGAAACGCAGACAGCAAACACACGAAAACAAGUAUGGAGAAGAUGAGGCAAAGAAACAGAAGACAGAUGGUAGCUCACAGGAAGACCGGCUGAAGGCAUCCACAAUUCCAUUUUGGAACAUACCUUAUGACAAACAGAUAGAACAAAAGCAAGAAAAUAUCAGGCAGAUGCUGAUGAAGAUGGGUUAUGACAUGGUUAAAGGAAAUCCUGCUCUGAAGCCUUGGGUUGACCAGCAGAAAUCAAAAUAUAAUGGAUUACCAUGUGAAUUAUGGGAUAUCAGAGCUUCACCUGUGUGUGAUGGCUAUCGCAACAAAUGCGAGUUUACAGUUGGUGUUAAUGAGGAGACUGGAGAGCGAACAGUAGGUUUUCGGCUUGGAAGUUAUGUUCGAGGCUUCACAGGUGUUGGACCAGUGGAUUGCUUGAGGCAUAUUCCAGGUCGUAUGAAGGAAGCUGCUAAGACAUUUGAGAAAUUUGUGGUGGCAUCAAAUUUGGGUGUGUUUAAUCCAGAAACACAUGAAGGUUACUGGCGUCAGCUGACGGCAAGACUCUCCACAGACAGUGAUCAGCUAAUGUUAGUGGUUGGAAUGCAUCCACAGUCUCUUUCACAGGAAGAAUUAGGGAAAGUGAAGAAUGAUUUGAAAAACUUCUUUGAAAAUGGAGAAGGCAAGACAUGCAAUGUUUCCUCACUCUAUUUUCAGCACAUUCUGAAAAGGCAAGCUGGCAAAGAAUUACCUCCUUUGGAGCAUCUGAUGGGAGACACACAUAUUUAUGAAACAUUAUUGGGCUUGAAGUUUCGUGUGUCACCAGAGGCUUUCUUCCAAAUUAAUACUUCUGCUGCAGAAGUUCUUUAUAACUCAGUAGCUGAACUUUCAUGUCCUACUGAGAAUACAACUGUCAUUGACAUAUGCUGUGGAACAGGGUCCAUUGGACUUUGUCUUGCCAAGAAAUGUGGUAAAGUUUUGGGGUUGGAUUUAUUAGCCCAAGCUGUGGAUGAUGCCAAGAGCAAUGCUGAAAUUAAUGGCAUCGUAAAUUGUGACUUCUUUGUUGGCAAAGCAGAGGAUAUUCUCUGUUCUGUGAUGAACAGAGCUGUGAAAGAAGAUGUUUUAGCUGUUGUUGAUCCACCCAGAGCAGGGCUUCAUCAAAGGGCUCUAGUUCACCUUCGUCGGACUGAGAAACUUGGUAAACUAGUGUUUCUUUCUUGUAACCCAACAGCAGCAGUAAAAAAUUUUGUUGAUCUUGGCCGUCCAACUUCGAAAACAUAUCAUGGUGCUCCUUUAGUGCCUGUGCGUGCUGUCCCUGUGGAUAUGUUCCCACACACCUCACAUUGUGAGCUUGUUGUCUACUUUGAGAGGGUGGAUUUGAAUCAGCUGAGAAAAACCCAAGAGCUAAAACAGACGUCCUUAUCAUAAUAACAGUGAGGGAGACGUGGAACACCAAACUUUGCCAAAUGGAAAUAUUCCACUUUAGUGAUAAAAGAUAUUUCUGAAAGAUGUAUAUGUAAAGAAAGUUGAUUAAGAAAUGUUAAAUAUGAUAUACAGUUCUGAUUUGAAUUGUUUUAUGCAGAUUUGGUAUUCAACAAGAACAGAAUAAACUAAGGAAAUGCAUAUUAUCAUUCAGUUCAGAAUAUUUUUGUGUUUGCAAAACAAUACAAAUUAGAAUGUAUGGACAUAUAUCAAUUCUACAUGCUGCUUUGUAUUGGUAUGAAUCUUUUGUCACUCUGAGAGGAAAGUGGAAAAUAAAAGGUUUGAGGAUGUUUGGACCUAA